AUGUUCACCGAACUUGUAUUCCUUUGUCUGGUUCUAUGGAAGAUCCGACAGUCGAGCAAGCUCAGAGAAGACUACAAACUUGCUGAUGAGAUGCAACCGCAUAAUCACGAUCUUAUUGGUCUUAUGGCUAAUGAUUCGAAGAAAUAUUUCUUCUGGAUGUUCUUCAUUUGCUUCAUUGGAACAUGCCUGAAUGUGCUGAAUAUAGUAGAAAAUACUGCAUUGCAGUCCUUUUCUUUUGCAGUUCUCCUUCCCGUGACGAUCAACAAUGCAUAUGCAACGUUCGCUAUAGCUGCUGUGACCAUUCUCGCACCUAAGCUCAUCCUCAAUUUGCGUAUUGAGCAUUACGGCCCCGUUGGGUCGCUCGUCGAGAAAUCACAGCUAUCAUGGAAAGUUGCAGGCCCGGAAGACAACAUGGAUGCAAGCUCGCCCCGGCGGGGAGGCUCCCAGAGGUCGCACUAUUCGGUUAUUGUGGAUCAAGAGCCCAAUGAAAUGCUUUAG